AUGGGGGCGUGCCUGUCGCUCCCGGAUCGGGCGGUGGAGCAGGGACGACACGCGGCGGAGGCCGUGGUCGCGGGACUGUCGACGUCGCUGGAGGCGAGCGCGGCGGCGGCGGCGAAGGCGACGCGGCGGGCGAAGCUGGCGAAGUACGCGCUCGUGAAGUGCGAGUUCGACGCGGAGACGGCGGAAAAGGCUCGGCGAUUGGAAAUUAUUCGUGAGUUGCUGUAUGAACAGCACGCGCUCUGGAAGUCGUGGGCGGCGUCCACGGUGGCGAUGGAUUACAGCGUCUUGAUGCACUGGAGCAAGCACUGCCACGCGAACGACAACUGCGCCAAGCGUCUACGAACCGUGGCGUUACAGGUGCAAAAUGCGUCGGCAGCGCAUAAGGAGCACGUUGAGUACAUCACUGGCCCCUUCUUCGAUACCAUCGACGAAGCGAUCGAUUCGAUUGAGGAGACUUGGCACGUCUACGAGGCUUACGAAAAGGCGGAAUAUGCCUACCGGUACGCCAUGAUGACUAGCAGAGAUGAAGAGAAAAUUGUGAACAAGCGAGCUGAGAUGGACAACGCCCUCAAAGAGGCGAAGAAAGCCAUCGAGGAUGGCAGCAAGAAGGUUGAACACAACAUUCUCGUUCCGUUGUACCAGCGCGCCAUUGGCGAACUCGACAAGUAUGCGAAGAAAUGUCAGGAAAAGCGUCACUCCAAGAAUGAAGAGCAAGAGAAGGCCUUCGCCGCGACUUUCGAGCGCGCCAACUCCGUCGCGUACUCAAAGAUGAAGAAGCGCACGUACACUGCUCAAGAAGUGGCGAUACUCGCAGCAAAGACGGUCAGCGGAGCUGGCGCCGAUCUUCCGGGAGCUUUCACGACGAUGAACAACGCCACGGACGAAAUGAAGCGCCACGCGAUCUCGCUCACGCUUAGCUUACAAGACUUCCUUCCGUACAUCAGCACUAUUUUUGGGCCGAAUCGCCCCAACGACUUUGCAGAUGUUCUGAUCAAGAAGGUGGAUGGAUACAAGGCUCUCAAGAAGGCGGCGGCGGAGUUUAACGACAAGAUUGAGGCGCUCACCGGUGAUAUAGAUGUCGAAGAAUUCAAGGCAUUGAUUGAGAAGCUCCAGCAAGAGAUGAAUUGUGAAUUUGAGCGCAUAUCUACUGACGCCGAUCAGUACGUUAAAUCUUUGAAGACCAUCACUCAAGCAGAAAAAAAUUUGGCGGCUGCCGAAACCACUUACAAGAAAGAAGCUCACAAGCACGUGAUGGCGCCCGUCGAAGCAGUCGCACUCUCCAAGUUUAACACCGCGAAAGCCGCCUGGAACGCAGCGUUGAAGGAGGCGCGAGACGCGGUCUUUAUUGCGACCGAGAGAUCCGAGGCGGAAUUUCAGGCAUACGCUGAGCGUUUCAAUAAUCUCUUCAUGAACAAGGACUGUAUCUUUGCUACGUCCAUCCUCGGCGUCGUCGAAAAAGUGUGUGCUGUGGUGACCGAUGCCCAGAAAAAGGCUAGCACCGUACAACGACGCGUCAUCAGCGAUCAGGCCGAAGAUCCCGACCCAGUCGAAGUCAUCGAGACUGAAAAGACAGUCGACUUCGUCGAAGCUGAGGCGUCUGAGCAAGAGCGUCUUGUGGCGGAAAACGAGACUGCAGAAGCUCUCAGGAAGAAGGAGGAGGCCGAAUAUAAAGCCAAAGAGGCCGAAGAAGCUGCGGAAAAGGCUCGCAUCGCGGUGGAAAAGGAAAAGAACGAGAAGAAGAAGGAAGAGCUUGCUCGAAAGGCGCAAGUGGAGGCUGCAAAGGCUGAAGCUGAACGCAAGGCCAAGGAAGAAGCCGAUGCGCUAGCGGCGCACGCCGCCGCAGUCUUGGCCGAAAAGGAAGAAAACGCCAAAAAGGCGCAAGAAAAGGUCAUCGCCGAGCUCGAGCGUCAAACUUCCGAGGCGGAUAAGGUUCUUGAAAGUGAGUCCAAAAAGCGAGUGAGGGUCAUGGAUGCUCUCGAGUUGAACCGAGAAAAAUCUCUGAAAGAAUGCUCUGUCGCGAGGGCUUCAUUCAAAGCUAAACGCGCCGAAGAUUUUGAACAGUUUGCGGAAGAUAUCGUUCAAAUGAAGGCGAAGCAAGUCCAAGAAGAGAUGGCAGCGCCUGAAACGGCCUAA